GAGGUUUACUAAAAGGGUCAAAAGCAAUAGCAGGAGAGUCUGCAUUUCGCAAUACACCAGAAGCAGAAGCGACAGCAAGAGGAGCUAACCUCUAGAGCAAUGGCAUCGUCAACUGCUAUUCGAGAACUACAGCGCGAUCUUGAGGACAAAGCUAAUGAUCUUAGCAAACUCCAAAAAGAUAUUGCAAAGAAUCACCAGGUCAGGAAAAAGUACACUGUACAGCUUGGCGAAAACGAGCUCGUACUCAAGGAGUUGGAUUUACUAAAUGAAGGUGCCAAUGUUUACAAGUUGAUUGGCCCUGUUCUUGUGAAGCAGGACUUGGCUGAGGCCAAUGCCAAUGUCCGCAAGAGAAUUGAUUAUAUCUCUGCUGAACUGAAGAGACUUGAUGCAACUCUUCAAGACUUGGAAGAGAAGCAAAAUAGCAAGAAGGAUGCGAUCUUAAAGUUACAACAAAGGAUCCAAUCUCUCCAAGCUGGAAAGGCCAAGGCAUAAUUUGGAAUGUUUUAUAAUUAAUAGACGUGUUACUCUUUUUGUUUUUGGAUCACUAUGCAAUUAACUUACAUGUGAAAAAUAUUGUGGUUUUUGGGGGACUAGAUGUUGAUUAUAAUUUCUAUAUGCUCUGCCAUGACACUGGAAAGAAAAAAGCAAUGACUUGGUCUUGGAAUUUGGAAGUGGAAAAUAUUGAGGCUUUUGUUCUAACUUGAGAACUAAGGCACUAAUUUUGUUGUGUUAUAUUCAGAAUAAGGCUCCGAUUUUGAAA